GCGUUACGAUUAGGAUGCCGAUUGCCGCCGCCGACUGACGGCCACAUUGAGAUUAUGAUACCGUGUAUUGUUUUAUUGUUGUUACUCGUCCGGGGUUGUGCUUGUUCUUUGAUGUUAAAUAUACAGACUUUGUUCGAAAUCGAAACGCACUGGACGCACUGGACCUCAUACGAAAUGUUCUGAGUACACAAGUCUAUGCAUAAAAAGUGAAUUUCCACCAACAUGGUACCCAUCGGACAGAAUUCUCAAAUUGGCGGCCCCCAAAGUAUGCAACAGUCAAGAGAUAAAGAGAAGUCGUCCAGCAGUGUGAAGCCGAACUACACGUUGAAAUUUACGUUGGCCGGUCACACAAAAGCUGUGUCGUCGGUGAAAUUCAGCCCUAACGGAGAAUGGCUGGCUAGUUCAUCGGCUGAUAAAUUAAUCAAAAUUUGGGGAGCGUAUGAUGGAAAAUUUGAAAAAACCAUAUCUGGUCACAAAUUAGGUAUUAGUGAUGUCAGUUGGUCAUCGGAUAGCCGACUUUUGGUAUCAGCGUCCGAUGAUAAAACUCUUAAAGUGUGGGAAUUAUGUUCAGGAAAAUGUGUCAAGACACUUAAAGGACACAGCAAUUAUGUAUUUUGCUGCAAUUUCAACCCACAAUCAAAUCUCAUUGCUUCGGGAUCAUUUGAUGAAAGUGUUCGAAUUUGGGAAGUAAAAAGUGGCAAGUGUCUUAGAACGUUACCUGCGCAUUCAGAUCCAGUUAGCGCUGUACAUUUCAACAGAGACGGUUCCUUGGUUGUUUCCAGCAGCUACGAUGGGUUAUGCCGUAUUUGGGACACUGCCAGCGGUCAAUGUCUGAAGACGUUAAUCGACGACGACAAUCCGCCAGUAUCUUUCGUUAAAUUUUCACCAAAUGGAAAAUAUAUACUUGCAGCCACAUUAGACAACACGUUAAAAUUGUGGGAUUACACCAAAGGAAAAUGUCUAAAGACUUAUAUUGGCCACAAAAAUGAAAAAUAUUGUAUAUUUGCCAACUUUUCUGUGACCGGAGGAAAAUGGAUCGUAUCUGGUUCGGAAGACAACAUGGUUUAUAUUUGGAAUCUUCAAUCAAAGGAGAUUGUACAGAAACUGCAAGGACACACUGACGUGGUUUUGUGUACAUCUUGUCAUCCAACAGCAAAUAUCAUAGCAUCAGCCGCCUUAGAAAAUGACAAAACGAUAAAAUUAUGGAAAAGUGAUACUUGACUUAUUUUAAACUCGUUGUUUAUUAAUUACUGAACAUUUUACUAUUACAACACAACUAUUACAACUUACUAUUAAAAAUAUUAGGAUAUAACAAAAUAGAUUGUUAAAUAAAAUUUAUUAAUUUAACAUAAAUGUGAACAUACAGUUUUAUUUUGCUCAAAUUUAGUACUGCAAGUGAGAAUCAGUGGUCUAUUAGAGUUUAACUAUAAUUACCAUUUAAAUCGUAAAAUAAUAUUUAGAUAAGAUUUUCUAUAUAUUUUAUUUUUUAUAUACGUCUGUAAAUGUACACAUUUUAAAAUAAUA